AUCAACCGGUGCAAAUCAGGUCGGCUGUACUGACCCGAGCAGUGGUCAGUUGUCGACAAACGUUUAGGUACAGGCUCUAUCUGUGUGCCUAAGAAACUCCGCACGGCGAGGUCACGAUCAAGAAAAGGUGAAAGGUCACCAUGUCUUACCUGUCCCGUUUGUCGAAGGUAGUGCGAUAUCAGUGUUUACUGCAGAAGUCUCCUGUGGUGUUAGUAAGUCACGGAGUUCGCAAAUUCAGCAGGUCAACAGCACGGAACAACAAUGGCGGCCCUGAUCAAGUACGUAAGAAGGGCCUGUUAGAGCGGCUGGGGGAGGGCCCUGUUGUCGGGGACGGCAGCUAUGUCUUCACCCUGGAGAGGCGAGGGUACGUGCUGGCCGGGCCAUGGACACCCGAGGUCGUCAUAGAACACCCUGAAGCCGUGAAAUCUCUACAUAGAGAAUACCUACACGCAGGCGCAGAUGUUCUGCAAGCUUCAACCUUCUACUCCUCAGACGACAAGCUGACCAUGCCUGGGCACGAGGCCGGGCGGACCAUCACGUGCAAAGAGCUGAACGACAAGGCUUGUACCAUCCUGAAGGAGGUGUCGGGGGCGGCUGACGUGCUGCUGUGCGGCGCUGUGUCCCCGACCCCCUCCUACCUGGACGGGAAGGGGAAGACAGUCGUGCAGCAGGAGUACAGCAAACAGCUGGAGGCCUUCAUACAACACGACCUGGACUUCUUAUUGGCCGAGUUCAUCGGGCACGUGGAGGAGGCGGAGUGGGCGAUAGAGCUGAUGAAGACCAAGGGAAAACCCGUCGCCUGCACGUUACGGAUCGGACCCAAAGGCGACUGUGCAGGCGUGUCGGCAGGGGAGUGUGCGGUCAGAAUGGCUGAUGCUGGAGCGGACGUGAUCGGUAUCAACUGCCAGUUUGACCCGAACACGGGCCUGAAGACCAUGUCGCUGAUGAAGGCAGCCCUGGAGAAGGAGGGCCUGUCUCCGUACCUGAUGAUGCAGCCGCUCGGCUUCCACUGUCCGGAGGUCGAGCAUGAAUACGAGGGGUACCAGAUGCUACCCGAGUGUCCUUUUGCCCUGGAACCCCGCCAGCUAACCCGGUUUGAAGUCCACACCUUCGCGCGUGCCGCUUAUGAGCUGGGGGUGAGGUACAUCGGCGGCUGCUGCGGGUUCGAACCGCACCACAUCAGGGCUAUAUCAGAGGAGCUGUCCCCAGAGCGCGGAGGUAAGCUGGGUGAGGCCAGUAAGAAACACGUGCCGUGGGGAGGGGCGCUGAAGAACAGCAUGCUGGAACCAAACAGGAACAAGGGGAGUCGGCAGCACUGGGAAAGGACAAAACCGGCCUCUGGACGCCCUGGGCACCCGGAUGUACAGCCCAAACUGAUAAACCAGUGAUUAUGUUCUAAACUAAUAAAUCAUUGAUAAGUAUUCUAAA